AAGCACAACAAACAAAGAAACACAUCUAGAGAAAGCAUUUUGUUAAACGUUAAAAGACUUCGAGACCAAAAAAUGUCUGCUCAGUAUACGGGAGCCCCCACCUCCGAGGUAAAAGCUUCGUACUGGUUCCCAGAUGGAGAGAACCCGGAACAGGAUCCCAAAACCUCGGCCGAAAAAAUUGACUCAUCUUUCUUCACUCACCUUUUCUGCGCCUUCGCUGAUCUCGACGCUGCCACCAACGCAGUUGUUAUCUCCCAAGCGCACCAACUCAUAUUUUCAACCUUUACUGAAAUCGUCAAGAUUAGAAACGGACAGGUGAAGACCCUCUUGUCGGUCGGCGGAAGAAGUGCAGACAAUACUGCGUUUGCGUCCAUGGCAAGUAAACAAGAGUCUCGGAAAUUGUUCAUUGAUUCUUGGAUUUUGAUCGCUAUAUCAAACGGAUUCCAUGGUAUCGAUUUAGCCUGGGAGUACCCUAACAGUGAUGCUGAGAUGAAAGACUUUGGGGCCCUAGUUGGAGAAUUGCGAGCAGCGGUUGACGCGGAGCACAUACGCACCACCAAACCAACUUUGCUGUUGACAGCUGCGGUUUACUACUCCCCGGUUUACAAGACGUUUACCUACCCGGUUGAAGUGAUGAAUAAAAGCUUGGAUUGGGUUAAUGUUAUUGCCUUUGAUUUUUUCGGUUCGUCCACUACCAUUGGUCCACCCGCCGGUCUGUAUAAUUUUUCAAACCCAAAAGGUCCAUGCGGCGACUCCGGUUUGAAGCAGUGGACGACUAAGGCCGGACUUCUACAGAACAAAGUAGUAUUUGGAUUCCCAUAUGUUGGCUGGACCUGGACUCUUAAAGACGACAAGCAUCAAGGUGAUGAUAUUGCAACCACCACCCUAGACGCUGUGUCAGCUGACGGUUCCAUCAACUAUAAUCAGAUAAGUAAUUUCAUAAAGCAUAAGGGUGAGCAAACUAAAAUGUUUUACGACUCGGAAGUCGUUAGUGAUAACUGUAUCUCCCGGACGGCUUUCAUUGGCUUCGACGACAUUCAGAGCAUCGUGACGAAAGUGAGAUACACUAAGACUAACGGUCUGCUUGGUUACUUUGCUUGGAACGUUGGAGCUGACGAUGAUUCUUAUCUAUCUCGUACAGCAUCGGUAACAUGGGAUGUUUAAUAGACAGCCGUGGGAGGAGUUCCCACAGUGAAAACGAAGAAAUAAAUAAAUAAUGACGCGUGAAGAAUAAAACAUGUUUGCUUAUCUUAUUGUAAGAA